UGGUAGGACUUUGUACGCUAUCACCACCACUGCGCCCAAUUAGAGAUUCAACAUGCCUAGCGUACGCGAAACGAUUACCGCAAUAAAGGAGACAAUUCCUAUCAUGGAUCCCGAGGAGGAUUACAUGACCAUUGCCGAGGCUGAAGAGCUAAUGGCAAAGACUGAGGCUACUCGAAAGAAAGAGCUUGACGACGCGCAUGCUAAGCUGAGAGCACUUGCUAGAAUCCUGGAUGCUGCACGAGUAUCAGCAACACGCCCAUCCUCGGUUCCUUCUGCGAACCAACACACCGCCAUUCUGAACGACCUGGAUGCCAAUAGAAUUCAGCUCGCAAAAGCGAUCAACGAUUCGGAGAGUGCUUUAGCCAGCAAGGAGGCGGAAUUGGCGCGUCUCAAACAAGAAACAGGUGAACUGGAGCAGUCCGAUCCGGCUGCUGAACAUGACCUCGAUGCUUCCGCUCUACGACUAGCGUUGUACAAAGGACUAGGAUUCGAGCCUAUCAUGGACAGCGAUGGACGAAUGGCCAAGAUGCUCAUUCGGGCUCAACACGGAGAUGUAUACUGUGUAUCGUUCGAUGGAAACAAGAAUUACUACGAAUACGCGCAAGAGUUAUGGAAGCUCGCAUCUUCAUGACCAUACCCUUCUCUCGAUGCUCUGUAUCCUUAGGUAUAUCCGGUGUAUUUGUUCCUUCAGACUGUUAAAGAUACCCUAACGCUACUAUAUACAUGUAAUAUUAUGAAUGG